AUGGCGCCAACCAUUUCGUUUGGAAUUGAGCUCGAAUUCCUGAUCGAGGUCGAGCAUCAACGAGAUAGUACGACAGUCGGCCCCUUGUCCAAAACUAUCCCAAUCCCACCGGAGCUCUCGAUCUACAGCUCCAGGGCUCGACAGGAAGCCGCUCACCAUGUGGGCAGGACGGUCAGUGAGACCAUAUCUCGAAAUGUCGUCGUUUGUAAUGUUUUCGAUCAAAGCAAGGCAGAGGACUUUACGAUGUGGACUGUCGCGCAAGAUUACAGCGUCAUGCCUCCUAGUGGCAUCAGAGGACAUUGGAUCAGCGUGGAACUUAUAUCCCCAGCCUUCCUGAGUAACGAUGUUUCCUCGUUUUCUCAGAUCGUCAAGGUGGUCAAGUCCCUCGCCACCUCAUACAAUAUCCAUUUGAACCCGUCUUGCGGGUUCCACGUGCACUGCGGCCUCGGGCUGCGUAAGGAAGAUCGAAUGCCGCUGUGGCUUCUGAAGCGCCUUGGUAUGCUGUUCUGGGCUGUCGACCCCGUCUUGUCUCGCCUCCAUCCUCCGGAGCGCCUGAUCAACCCUUCGCUGGCGGGCAUCCGCCUCGAUUCGAGGCUUGCGAGCGCUGCGGGAAUGCCGAGUACGCAGAAAGUCCUGGACGAGAUAUCUGAGGACAUCUACAUGCAGCCGGAGGCGCAUGACUGGAAGGCUGGGCAGGAUCAGGAGUAUGGGUUGCGAUAUCUUGCCAGACAGGGAGCGUACACGCCUGCCGGUAUUCAGCAGCGACAGAGUCUCGCUGCCCAGGAGGACAGGCGUGAGCAUCUAGAGAAGGCAUGGCGUCUCCCCUGGGCAGAUAACGCCGCUCUGCGCCGACACAGCUCAGUCCAUGGUGAUUAUCCAAUCCCACAGCGGGCCCCUAGCAUCAGGAACGCCAGUGCGCCGCCACUCAGAGAACUCCUCUAUUGCUCAUGCAAGCCCCAUGUUGGCGCUCUUCUGUCAUCCCCAGGGAUGUGGCGGCCAAACUACUCCUUCGGCAACUACAGACUCGACCGUUCCCGCCAGCCAGAGAGUCGGAAGCCAACAAUUGAGUUCAGACAAGCAGGUGGGACCAUGGAUGCUCGGUGGAUUGUCAUCUGGACUAAGAUUUGCAUUGCCCUUAUGGAGUACGCGAGAAAUUCGACCAUGGAAGAGCUCAUGGAGCUACUGAACAAGCUAGAGCAGAGAGAAGUGGGCGACUAUGGCACGAGCUGCAGCGUCGCGGAGCUCUUGCGGGCUAUCGGAAAGGGCGGACUGGCAGAUGCCGUGAAGCAGAGAUUCGAGGAUGUUGGCAGAAAGGGAUGGUAUUAUUGA